GGGAGGGUCCCUAUUACUUGUAUCGUUCAAAUUGUCGAGGAAAGAUAAACUCACCUCGAACGGUAAUUCGCGUGUAUUUCAUUUUACUCGAACUCGAACACGCACUCUUAUUCAAGUAAAAUGUCUCACGUCGAAGAUUUCCAAAGAUGGAUCGGCGAGGUGAUGCCGAGAAUUAUCGAGAAUCUUGGACUGGACGUCGACAAAGUUCGGUACGAGAUAUUCGAAUUUGGCAGCAUUUGUAUUAUGUCCAACUUGUAUCGUGUAAGCCUGCAGUUUGAGAACAAGACAAACGGACAGAACGAGGUAUUGUCUGUGAUCCUGAAGAGACCCAUGCUGGGCUUGAACCAGCUUGCAAAAAUCGACCGUCAAUUUCACAACGAGAUCCUGUUCUAUCAAAUGUACACCCGACCGGACGAAAUCUACGCGAGAUGCUUGUACGCCGAGAAACGACCGCCCAUCGAUUCGGUAAUCGCCCUGGAGGAUGUCAACGAACGGGGAUAUUUUUCUUGUCCGUAUUUGCACGAUCCCCCAUUAGAAUACACAUUGGCGGCGAUGCGCGAGUUGGGACGGUUUCAUGGCAAAGGGUACGCCAUGAAAGAGCUGCAGCGGGAAAAGUUCUUCGACAUCGUGGGACAAAUUGAAACAGUUAGAUACGAAAAAAGGGUGGAGAAUCUCUACGAGGCCUAUAGCAACAUCCAUUCGGUACGAGCGGUGGAAUAUCUUCGCAGUCUGCAGGGUUGCGAUGCGAUUUUCUGCGAUAAGAUGGAAACCUUACUCUCGAACUCGUUCGAUGAAGUGAUGAUGAAGACAGUCCAACCGCUUGAACCUUUGGCCACGUUAUGUCACGGCGAUUUUACCUUGGGCAACAUUCUCUUCAAGACAGAAGACGAUGGGCAAUAUCGCACGAUGCUGAUCGAUUUCACGCUUAUCAUGUACUCGACGCCCGUUGUCGAUCUUUCCACAUAUCUCCUUAUGUAUUGUUCGAAUGAAGUGAGGAAAGACAAAUUUUUCGAGAUCAUGCGGGCCUAUCAUGACGCGCUGAAGGAGUAUCUGUUGGACGUUGGCAUUCAGAAUAUUGAGAGAUAUUCAUAUAACGCUUUAUUGGAAGAUUUUAGGAGGGGUGCUCUCUUCGGUUUCAUUCUCACGUGUGUCUUUUUACCGGUAUUAUUAGGAUAUCUCAGCCCAGAAGUACUAGUACGAGAAAUGAUAGAUUUGGGCCCUUUGGAAAGUGCAAAAAAACUGAAAUACACUGGCGGAAAGAAAGUAUCCAAAAUACUAGCUGAGGCAUUGCUGCAUCUGAGAGAUCUUGGCUGCCUGAAACACGUUUUGUAGUCACGUGAGAUAAUUUGGAUGUAUAAAAUAUAAUCAUUGAUUAAUAAUAAAUUGAUUAAUAAUGUAUAAAAUAUAAUAAUUAAUUAAUAAUAAUGAAAUAUAUGUCAAACGAUCUUUAAAAGUGUGUGAUUCCAUAGAUUCAUAACUACUAAAAGUACAAAAUUCAUUUUAUAGAUAUUAUUGCAUCUAUCACUGUUAUUUCUACAUAUAGUUGCGUAAUAUUCUAACUACGACUACAGAAUUGCGGGACUAAUUAGAUGUAAAAAAUGUAUAUGUAAAUCAGUUUUGAAUAUUAAUAUUGCGCGAUAUUAUAAUUAACAUCAUAUA